UAUAUUUGUGCAAUCUUAUAUUCAUGCAAAUUGAAUAACAAUCAAUUAUGAAUAGUGGAAUUUAUAGUUUAUGGUAAGGGAUUGAUGAAGAGGAGUUUAAAAGAGAGAAAAGAAAAUAAUAAAAGUAAGCUCAUCCAUAAUUUUCUGAGCUGACUGAUAAGUUAAAAUAAAGAAAAUAAAAUUUGAAUAUUUAGAAAAAAAGAAAGAAAAACAAUAAAGUAUAUCAGAUAAAAUUUAAAUCAAUGAUAAUGGGUCAGAAUAAUAGGAGUGAACUUAAGUAUAUAUUUUUUGAAUUUGAAAAGCAAUUAAAAUAUGAGACAAAGCCUUAAUUUGUGUUAUUAGUAAAACCAAACAAAGAGGAGAUUUAGAUUGAUUUAUAAUAUAAUAUAUAGAUGAACAAGUAAAGAAUUUGAAUAAUAGAAUUUUAGUAUUUAAUAAAAGAAGACAAAUCAAAGAUUUCUAGUUUUAAGUAUAAAUACUAAAAAAAUAAAGUAUAAUUAUAGGAGAGUGAUUUUGGACAUACAGAAUAUAAAUUAAGAUUAGUAGAUCCUGAUUCAAAAAGAUUAACUUAUUUAACAACAUAAUGAAUUUUAGAUUAUCUGAAGGAAAUGGAAUGGCAUAUUAUAAAAUUGGAGUAGAAGAUAGUGGUAAUCCUUUAGGUUUAAAUAAAUCUGAUAUGCUUGGAUCAUUAAAUACAUUAUGUUUAAUGGCUUAAUCUUUGAAGGCAGAAUUAUUGGUUGUAGGUAUAAAUGAAGGAACAAAUGGAAAAAAUGUGAAGUAAUAGUUAGAAAAGGUUUAAAAGAU